AACGAAGUCAAAACAUGAAAGAAAAACAAAAGGCAUAUUUCUAAUCUCAGAUGGUUUAUGGUAUGUGUUUAACCUUAUCAAGAACAACACAGCUGUCAUAUUUACAUGGAACAAAAUUAGCACGAGAAUAAUCAAACAAACGAUGGUCCUCUUCUUCCCCUCCUCCAAAAUAUUAGUUCAUAGUAUCACCAAUUUCGUGGGUUUUCGCUUUUAUUACAAGCAGUUUUUUGGAUCGGAUUUUUAUAGCUGAUUGACUGUGUUUUUUGUUUGUUUUCUUGUAAUUGGGUUUGGUGAACUUUGAAAGAAACUACUACUUCUACUACCACAGUUUCUGGAUUUUGGAGAGAGAAAGUAAGCAAAUCAGAGCUAGAUAACCUCAGAUCCGGGUAACAACUAACAAAAUCUUGUUGGACUUUAAUUUUUUUGAACUAGGGUGGAACAAUCUUGUGAUUUCAGACCACUUUUUGUUGUUAUUGUUGCUGGUGUUGUUGUGUUUCUUUUUCAUGACCUCCUUUUUUUUGCUUUCGUUUUCCCCUCUUUCUUUCUAGUUCUUGUUUGUUUUAUAAAUUUGAUGAACUUUUGCUUUUUAGGUUGUUGGAAAAAUUUCUGGAUCACAAGAUUGUGAGAUUUGUGGGGUGUGUGACUGAGUGAGAAAGAGGAGAAAUUGGGCACUCCUAGCUCUCUCUCUUCUUUUUUUUUUUUUUUUUGCAUUUUAUUGGGUUUGUAUUGAUGAAAAAAUUGCUGUGAGUUGAGGUAAAGAGUCCCAUUUUGAUAGGACUAAAUUGGUUUGGUGAUUGAUCCAUGAAAUUGUAUCAAUAGAUUUGGGGGGUGUGCCCAAUUGCCUACUAUUACAGUUCACUGUUUGUGGCUACUGAGAUUGGUCAACUUUUGUGGUUCUUGGUGAUUUACUCAUCUGGGUAUCUGGAAUUUGGUGAUUUCCUUUGGUUUUAAGGGAUGAAGUAAAGAUAGACAGAGGGGUAGAGAGAAAGGUCGAGACCGAAGUGGGGGUGUGGAUCAGGUUGGAGGGUUUUAGAUAGUCAGAUUGAUUACAAUGGGGAAAAGGGAUUGGGUUGACGACAUAGCACGAGCGAUGAGUUUGCGUUUAUUUGUAAUGGGUGAAGAUACUCAUUUUUCUAGUAGAUUACUAGGCUAAUCAGAUUAAGUUUUAGGUCUUCUUACAAGGUUAUACUGAUGAAAACAGAGGAUUCUUCUUUGAUGGGAGAAGAUAGCUCCUAUUGUGAAAAUCCGGUAGUGGAACUAGUAGUAUUGAAGGAGACUUUGUGUGAAAUAGAGAAUGACAAGUUACCUGAUUCAUCAUCUAGAGGGUUAACUGAAAAUGAUAGCUGUUGUGCUUCUAGUGAUAACAUUGAUCAGGAAAGUGGAGAGGAUGGGUUAUUUUCAAGUUCCCAGUCUCUGACUAGUGAUAGAAGUAACAGCAUGAAUGGUGAGGAAUUUUUGGCGUCCGAGCCUAAUUCUUUGCCCCAUUCACCUGUUUCAGUAGAUCAGGAUAAGUGUGUUCAAGAUUCUGAAGUCAAAUUGGAUAAUUCUUCUAGCAAAUUGGAACUAAAUGCUGGGUUGGAGCCUAUUGGAGAUGUGUUGGCAGUGGCAGAGGAUCUUGAUGUGGAGGGUAACGAUGUACGUGAUUCAACCUUGUUGUCUGGAGAUGAAGUUAAUCACGAAAGGAUAGUCAGAACAAUGAGCAGCCAGUGUGCUUUUGACAUGGAAUCUGUGCCCUUGUGGGGUUUUACAUCACUGUGCGGUAGAAGGCCGGAGAUGGAAGAUGCUCUUGCAGCCGUGCCAUGUUUCCAGAGAUUUCCUGCAAAAAUGUUGAUGGGUGAAAAUGCGUUGAAUGGAAUAACCGAAAGUAUAAGCCAGGUUGCGCACUUCUAUGGUGUAUAUGAUGGGCACGGGGGUUGCCAGGUUGCCGAUUAUUGUCGGGAUCGCUUGCAUCUAGCUUUGGCAGAGGAAAUUGAAGUUAUAAAAGAGAGCUUUCUGACAGGAAGAUCUGCAGAGGAUUUGCAUCAGCAAUGGGAGAAGGCUUUCUCCCGUUGUUUUCUGAAAGUGGAUGCUGAGGUCGGGGGAGUCAAACAAGGGUCUUUUGGAGGAAGCAACAAUGUCUCUGAGGCUAGUGUGGAACCUGUUGCUCCUGAAACUGUUGGAUCAACUUCUGUUGUAGCCAUUGUUUGUCCAACACAUAUCAUAGUUGGUAAUUGCGGGGAUUCCAGGGCUGUUCUUUGUCGUGGAAAAGCACCCAUGCCACUUUCUGUAGACCAUAAACCUGAUCGAAAAGAUGAGUGGGAAAGGAUAGAAGCUGCAGAUGGCAAGGUUAUUCAGUGGAAUGGAUACCGCGUUUUUGGUGUUCUCGCAAUGUCAAGGUCUAUUGGUGAUCGUUAUUUGAAACCAUGGAUUAUACCAGAUCCAGAAGUGACAAUAAUUCAACGGGCAAAAGACGAUGAUUGCCUUAUUCUCGCCAGUGACGGUUUAUGGGAUGUCCUAAGCAACGAAGAAGCUUGCGAAGCAGCACGAAGGAGAAUUCUUCUGUGGCAUAAAAAGAACGGUCCUAAUAUCACCUCGGAUAGAGGGAAGGGCGUUGAUUUGGCGGCUCAAGCAGCAGCAGAUUACCUCUCCAAACUUGCUCUGCAAAAGGGAAGCAAAGACAACAUUACUGUCAUUGUGGUUGACUUGAAACCUUAUAGGAAGUUCAAAACUAAAACAUGAAGAUUGAAGAAGGACAACAAAAACAAAAAAUGUUCACCUCAUUUUGGCAAAAUGUUAAUUCUUUUUUCCUCUUUUUUUUUCGAUAUUAUUUUUUGCCAGUCUUUGACCUGUAGUUAUAUGAGGUAGAAAUAUACCUGUCAGCACUCAGCAGCAUCACAUAUAAUCAUAUGGGGAUUGUAACAUAAUAUUUUGUAAGCCCAUCUUUUUAAAAUGGGUUGAUUUGUAGCUCAAAGAACCAUGUAUAGUACUUAUAUUUCAGAUAGAGCCAACAACAGUGUUCUAGUUUCUGUUGACAUAUAUUCUAACUAAGAACAAUUUUAUGAACA